UGGCGUGUUUUCCGAUUGGCCAAGAUCUCGUGGUCUCAUGUCGGGUGCGUAAGCGGCUCACGGGAAACGCUGACAUGAAUCUUUAAAAAUUUCCCGUUAAAUAAGUAUUGUUUUGAAGAGAUCCUUCCAUAGUGCGGGAUCCACAAGAAAACGAUGCCAUGGACCCCACGUCCACUUCAGAUAUCGAUGAUAUGUUCAACCUGAUGCCCGAGUCCCUUAUUGGGUCUUCGGAGCUUUUCGACAAUGAACUCUUGGGCCUGCCCGUGAUGCCGGAGGACCCAGCACUUAUGGGCAUCAAAGAGGAGGACUUGGACCUUGAGUUCUUUGAAGGGGAAUCAUCUUUGGUCGAUGGACUGGUGACAAACCCAAGUUCGUACCUGGCAGCAGGUGAUCCAGUGGUGCCCGCCACCAUUCUCCAAGUGACAGCACCUGUCCAGGAGCCACCCAAGCGUACACUGGUUGUACAACCUCAGAAGGUGUGCAUCCCAGCUGCGACAGCAGCAAACAAUGCUGCACCUGCUGCUGCUGCUCCAACAGCCAGCGCCCCCAGACAACAGCCGCAAAAGGUUACGGUGGUGCGACCAUUCUCACACCAGGCUGUAGCUCCACGGGUGGCCACGCUGCAGCCAACGCCCAUGCCUUCAGUCGCUGAGCUGCUGGCUGCACUCAAGGAACAGCAGACGCAGCAGCAGCAGCGCAUCAGCCGCCUCUCCCAGCUGCCCACACAGAAGGUGCAGCAGAUGCUGUUGCAGCAAUUGGUGAAGGAUAACAGCUGUGCCACCAAUGCAGCUGGCAGCAUCUUAGCGUACACGCCACUCUCACCAGCACCUGUGGUCACAGCACCCCAAGGAGCUCCCCUCUUGGCAGCGACUUCUGCUACAGGAAUUCCCCUUGUCUUGGAAGCUGACAAGCUUAGCAGGGUGGUAACAGUGAAGCCUCCAAACAAGGGAGAAAAACGCAAUGCCCACAACGCAAUUGAACGUCGUUACCGAAGCAGCAUCAAUGACAAGAUUGUCGAGCUGAAGAACAUGGUAGUCGGGCCCGAGGCCAAGUUAAACAAGUCGGCUGUUUUGAGGAAGGCCAUAGACUAUUUGCGCUACCUGCAGAACGCUAAUACCAAGCUCAAGCAGGAGAACCUUGUGCUUAAGAUGGCUGUCCAACAGACGGGUGCAACUGUGGCUGACGUGCUGCUGGACCAGAAGAGCCUCAUGGCCGAAGUGAGCCAGGAGGCAGCAGCACUCACUCCUCCCUCGUCGGACAUGAGCUCGCCCGAUCACGCGAUGGAGGACACGAGCAGCUCGGAGCCGCCCUCGCCACCACAGAGCCCCUCGGAGACAAAGUUCCCGAGCCCUCUGCGGGGUGCCAUGAUGCACACCUCCCGCAUGGCUCUGUGCAUCUUUACGUUUGGCUUCUUUGCACUGAAUCCCUUUGGAUGGCUGCUGGCGGGCCGGCAGGGUGACACCUAUGCACUGGCCUCUUCACAUGCUGCGGGCCGGACUAUUCUGUCUGCAGAAGGUGAUACUGGUAGCUCCUGGCUCAGUGUUUCCCCAAUGUCUCUCUUGGGCUGGUUCCUAAAUAUCCUGGUGACCGUGGCCUGCCUCGGACGUCUCUUGCUGUAUAGUGAUGGCCUGGCUCAAGCUCAAAGCAAAGCCAAUGCAGCUUUUUGGAGGCAUCGCAAACAGGCCGAUGCUGAUCUGGCCCAGGGUCGGCCGGGGCGAGCUGCCGAGCAGCUGACUGCUUGCCUGGGUGCCCUGGGUCAGCCGCUCACUGGUGGAAGUCUGCCCGAGGCCCUGUGUGCCGUGGGUUGGCAGGCACUGCGGCAACUGCUACAGUCGGCCCGCGUGGGACUCUGGCUGGAGCGUCGGGCUGCGGGUGGCUGGCAACUGGACAAGGCGCAGCGGGCACGCACGGCCGCCCAACUGGCCCUCGCCCACCACCAGCUCAGCGAGCUGCACCUUCUUGGUCACGUGUCUUCCUGGGGCCGUUGGCAAGGCGUGGCACACGCUCUGGCCUCAGUCAACUGGGCUCAAGUGGCCGGUGUGGAGAUGCUUGGCAGUCGUCUCCUCUGCCACAUCUAUCUGGGGGCUGCUCUGCGUCUGCUCGACUGCUGCCACGUGCGCCUCCUCUUCGCACCUAGGCUUCUGCUGUUCCGUGCUCGGCGUGUGUGGUCCUCACCAAAUGCAGUGCCUGCUGAACUGAAGUGGGUCUUCGAAGAGAAUGGCCGUAGUUUCCUCCUCAGUCGAGAGUGGAUUCCGCUGCAAGGGCCAUCAGAGGAUGCAUUCACUCGAAGGGGAGACUCCUGCUCCGUACUUGCUGCAGUUUCACAGCUGUACCGUGAACACCUCUUGCACAGGGCCGUUGCUGCACUUGCCGCAUCAGGCAGACCAAGCCGUGGUGGCCCUGAUGCCCUUCACCUGGUGGAACUGCUGGAAGGUGCUAGCUGCUGCUCCAGCAUGUCUGGCGGUAGGCUGACGGGUGUGGAGCAUGACGAGGCGGCCAUCUGGUGGGCUGCGGUGCUGCGUGUCGCCCUGUUGUGGGUGCGCGGAGAGCCAGCCCAGCAGGAGUGUGCCCAGGCCGAGGCUGCCCUGCACAAUCUGCACUGGGACCAGGCUCAGGAUCCAUUGCCCUGGGCGGUGGCUUCCGCUAUGAUGGCUCGCAAGGGACUCUUGGCAGCCCAGCAGCCUUCGUCACGCAACACCCUUAACGCUUGCAAUCGGGCUAGUGCACGAUUGUGGGAUUGUGCCAGCCAUCCCAAGCACCUUGCCAAUGCCACUUCACAGGUGCUGCUCACUGCAAGUUGCGAGUGGCUGCUCCAAACGAGAUCUGAGCUGUGGGAGCGCACGGGUAAGGCCCCUGCAUCGGGACCCCACAUCGAUGGCUUUCAUCGGGACUUGGCGCUGUUCCGACGGCUGGCCCAGAACUCGCCCAACCUGCAGCUAAAGUUGCACCUAUAUGAAGCCACUCAGCGUGUUGUUGCCGGUGCGAACCCUGUGAAGACUCAGCUUGGAUUGGAUCGGUGCCUUAGGAGGCGCCUUUCACACUACCCAUCUGUUGUCUGUGCCAAGGGGAGCACCGAGAACGAGCCGAGGAAAGAAGAGGCCGAUGCCCUCUUGCUGGCCUGCAAGCAUUUAGGACCCCUGGCCAGCAGGGAUCAGAAAGACGGCAUGCUCGCAGAGGCCGCGAGUAUUCUGGAGCCCUGGGACAUCGACGUGCCCUGCACCAAUGCCAGAGGCUGAUGGUUGCCCCCACAGUUGCCUCAGCUGCUUGCUGAGUUGCAUGAUGCGUUUCAGCCGAGUCGGAGGAGACUCGCCUAUCCAGUUUAUCUUAUUGUACAGAGCCAUACUUUAGAAGGGGUGUGGCACGUUGUGCUCGUGUGAUUCUGCUUUAUUUUAAGCAUUUUAUUAAUGGCAGUGAAGUUUUCCUGCUCACUGUGUACAUAGGUCAGAUGUGUGAGGCAGGUUGUUUUUGCCUGUCUACUCUAUUUAAUUUAACGCUGUUCUUUGAGAAAGAAAUCAGCAUUUCUAUGAAGCAGUAGAAGUUUCUUUGUUUUUAGUGCCACUCACAUGGUGAGGCCCAGUUGCAUCUUUCAUCUCUUCAUCAACUGCAGCGUUUGUUUGGUGUAAUUUUAUCAGAUUUGUAUGAUGCGCUAUUUCAUCCAACUUUUGUGUUCAUCCCACGCGCUGUUUCAACUUGCAAAUGUUUUUAUAUGCAACCUUGAGUUACUGGAUUUACUUGAUUUACUGAAAACAACUUGUUUUUUAUGUUUUUUGUUUUUGUUUUUCAGUGCGUGUAAACGCUGAGCCUGGUGUGUUAUGAAAUGCAUAUUUUCUGUUUAGCAUUUUGUAAUGUAUGGAAAAAAGAAACAUUUGCUGCAGGGUUGCUCUUUGUUGGAUUGAAGUUAGGGCUAAUGGCUUUGUAGACCAGGGCCUCAUUUCUGGCAGUAGAGGUCUUCCCCCGUAAAGAUAAUCUUGCUGAAUGGAAUACUUGAUUGUGUAACCCGGUGAAAAUAAGAAAACUACGUUGAAGCUAUGGGCUCUUUUCAUCACUUUUGCUGGAUGUGUCCAACAACUGUAAGAAAAAAAAUUGCAUUAAUUAAAGGUGUGUUCAAAAAGCAAACAAAAUUUAUUAACAAUAAACUUGCAAGCAUUGGCUUUUCUGUCCCCUUUCCUCCCUCCCCCACCCCCUAGAAGAAAAAGAAAAAGAGCACGUACUUUGGAUGCAAAUGCUGUGUUGCACAGAUUUAUUGGUGCUUGGCACUGUUUCCUAGUUAUGUACAGAAAUAAAUUAGCUUUGUUUAUUAUAUUUUGUGGUUGCGCUUAAUUUAGGUGAGAAAGUCCUGAAAAAAAAAAAGGUGUAGUGUGCGACUUCAUGAAAGCUAAUUGUCCUGAUUUCUGUACAUUCGUGAAACUAUUAUUAAGUGGUGUACUGAGAAUGUAAGUGCAUUAAAGAUGAGAAUAAAGUUCCUUCUUUUCUAAACAGCAUAA